AUGACCUCUCCCCGGGAGCGGGGUGGCGAUCUGGCCCGUUUCUACACUGUCACAGAGCCCCAGCGACACCCCAGGGGAUACACGGUGUAUAAGGUCACCGCCCGGGUUGUUUCACGAAGAAAUCCAGAGGAUGUCCAGGAGAUAAUUGUAUGGAAAAGAUACAGUGAUUUUAAGAAACUACACAAAGAACUAUGGCAUAUUCACAAAAACUUAUUCCGACAUUCAGAGUUGUUUCCUCCAUUUGCCAAAGGAAUAGUGUUUGGGCGAUUUGAUGAAACUGUUAUUGAAGAGAGAAGACAGUGUGCUGAAGACCUACUGCAGUUCUCUGCCAAUAUUCCUGCUCUUUUCAACAGUAAACAGCUUGAAGAUUUUUUCAAGGGUGGAAUAAUUAAUGAUGGUUCUGAAUUAAUUGGACCUGCUGAAGCUUAUUCAGAUUCUCUCAUUGAUACCUUUCCUGAGUGUAGUACAGAAGGCUUCUCCAGUGACAGUGAUCUGGUAUCUCUCACUGUUGAUGUGGAUUCUCUUGCUGAGUUAGACGAUGGAAUGGCUUCCAGUCAAAAUUCUCCCAUUAGAACUCUUUGUCUCAGUCUUUCUUCGGAUUCGUCAGCCCUAGGGGCUGCUGCUUCUGACUCCGACCAGAACAAAACUGAAGAAGAACGAGAAAGUCGUAGCCUCUUUCCUGGCAGUUUAAGACCCAAGCUUGGCAAGAGAGAUUACUUGGAUAAAGCAGGAGAAUUAAUAAAACUGGCUUUAAAAAAGGAAGAAGAAGAUGAUUAUGAAGCUGCUUCUGAGUUUUAUAGGAAGGGAGUUGAUUUACUCCUUGAAGGUGUUCAAGGAGAGUCAAGCCCUACCCGUCGAGAAGCUGUGAAGAGAAGAACAGCUGAAUAUCUCAUGCGAGCUGAAAGUAUCUCUGGCCUUUAUAGAAAACCACAAGUCGAUGAUGUAUCUCAGCCUCCAGGAUCACUAAGUUCAAGGCCCCCUUGGAACCUAAGGAGCCCUGCCGAGGAGCUGAAGGCCUUCAGAGUCCUUGGGGUGAUUGACAAGGUUUUACUUGUAUUGGACACAAGGACAGAGCAGACAUUCAUCUUAAAAGGUCUAAGGAAAAGCAGUGAAUACAGCAGGAACAGAAAGACCAUCAUCCCCCGCUGCGUGCCCAACAUGGUGUGUCUGCACAAGUACAUCAUCUCUGAGGAGUCGGUGUUCCUUGUGCUGCAGCACGCAGAAGGUGGCAAACUCUGGUCAUAUAUCAGUAAAUUUUUAAACAGAAGUCCCGAAGAGAGCUUUGACAUCAAAGAGGUGAAAAAACCUACGCUUAGGAGAGAUCAUCUGCAACAGCCAGCUUCUAGCUCUCAGGACAGCAGCAGCUUUGAAUCCAGAGGAAGUGACGGGGGAAGCAUGCUGAAAGUUUUGCCUUUGAAGACCAGUCUUACUCCAAGUUCUCAAGAUGAUAGCAACCAGGAAGAUGAUGGCCAGGAUAGCUCUCCGAAAUGGCCAGAUUCUGGUUCCAGUUCAAAGGAAGAGUGCACUACUAGUUAUUUAACAUUAUGUAAUGAAUACGGGCAAGAAAAGAUUGACCCAGGGUCUUUGAACGAGGAACCCUUCAUGAAGAGUGGAGAGGGUGUUGAUACCAAAGCUGUUAAAACCUUCCCAGCACCCCUUGCUGCUGACAGGGGCAGCCCUGGCACACCGUCCCUAGCCCAGGAGCUGAAAUCCUUCCCCAGAGAUGACGACCCAGAAGCAGUUAGUUCUCCAAGAACAUCAGAUUCCCUGAGUAGAUCGAAAAACAGCCCCAUGGAAUUCUUUAGGAUAGAUAGUAAGGAUAGCACAAGUGAACUCCUGGGACUUGAUUUCGGAGAAAAAUUGUAUAGUCUAAAAUCAGAACCUUUGAAACCUUUCUUUACUCUUCCAGAUGAAGACACUUCCAGGGGUUUUAGUGAAAACAAGGUAGAGUUCAAAGCUCAGGACACCAUUAGCAGGGCCUCAGAUGACUCAGUCCCCAUUAUUUCAUUUAAAGAUGCUGCUUUUGAUGAUGUCAGUGGUACUGAUGAAAGAAGGCCUGAUCUUCUUGUAAACCUACCUGGGGAAUUGGAGCCAACAAAAGAAGCUGCAGCUGUGGGACCUUCUAAGUUUACCCAGACUAAUAUAGGCAUAAGAGAAAGUAAACUUUUGGAAGCCCCCGAUGUCCUAUGCCUCCGGCUUAGUACCCAACAACGCCAAGCCCAUGAAGAAGAGGGCACAGAGGAAUUGAGAGAUCUCUCUGCUCCCCAAUCCCACAGUAUAACUGAGAAACACUAUGCACAGGAGGACCUUGGGAUGUUAUUUGUAGCAGCUGUCGAUCAUAGCAGUUUAGGAGACAUGUCUUUGUUACACAGCUCAGAUCCCAAGUUCCAAGGACUUGGAGUGGUUGAGUCGACAGUAACUGCCGACAACACAGAGGAAAGCUUGUUUCAUAUUUCUAACCCACUCUCAGGUGCUAAUGAACAUAAUGCAAACACAGACACUUUAAAAACAGACGAAGUAUUGCUAUUUACAGAUCAGACUGAUGAUUUGGCUAAAGAGGAACUGACUUCUUUAUUCCAGAGGGACUCUGAGACUAAGGGAGAAAGCGGGUUAGCAUUAGAAGGAGACAAGGAAAUACAUCAGAUUUUUGAGGACCUUGAUAAAAAAUUAGCACUCAGCUCCAGGUUUUACAUCCCAGAGGACUGCAUUCAAAGAUGGGCAGCUGAAAUGGUGGUAGCCCUCGAUGCUUUACAUAGAGAGGGAAUUGUGUGCCGCGAUUUGAACCCAAACAACAUCUUAUUGAAUGAUAGAGGACACAUUCAGCUAACGUAUUUUAGCAGGUGGAGUGAGGUUGAAGAUUCCUGUGACAGCGAUGCCAUAGAGAGAAUGUACUGUGCCCCAGAGGUUGGAGCGAUCAAGGAAGAAACAGAAGCCUGCGAUUGGUGGAGUUUGGGUGCUGUCCUCUUUGAACUUCUCACUGGCAAGACUCUGGUUGAGUGCCAUCCAGCAGGAAAAAUAAAUACUCACACUACCUUGAACAUGCCAGAAUGUGUCUCUGAAGAGGCUCGUUCACUCAUUCAACAGCUCUUGCAGUUCAACCCUCUGGAGCGUCUUGGUGCUGGAGUUGCUGGUGUCGAAGAUAUCAAAUCGCAUCCAUUUUUUACUCCAGUGGACUGGGCAGAACUGAUGAGAUGAACACAGUACAGGGCUGUCUUCAUACAUUCUGAUCUCUGUGACAGGCGUCUCCAGCACAGAGGCUACUCUGCCUCACACUCGCUUAUGAAGUACCAAAAGGCUAAGAGAGAACAAUUCAUUUACAGUUACUGUCUGGACAAGAUACUAGCUAAUUUUGCAGAGACUGUUACGUACAAACCUUUAACCAAGGUGUAAUCUCAGCUUAAUCUACAGUAAGUGUUGCAGAUGCGUUGUAAACCCAACUGAAUUAAGUUUUACUUGAAAACAAAGGACCUUUUUGUGGCAGCUAACAGUGCUUUGUGCUGACCAGAAUUAGUUUAUAUGCUCAAAUUAAUAUUUGCUGGAUAAUAUACUAAAAGUACUUCAUGAACAAUGUCAUCUAUAGGGCUUCAAGAGUGUCAUCUGUAGGGCUUCAAGAGUGAGGGGGAAAAGAAUAUACCCAUAAUGUCUGACAGGAAACCUGUACCAUGAUGCUGUAUGUAUCAUGAAUGGUCUCAGAUUAUUUCUGUGAGAAUGAAACACUCCCUAUUGUCAACUUUGUAUCUUGUUGUUUGAUAAUGCUUAUUUAGAGACACAUAUAAACACUGUCUCUCCAACCUCAACUUUUUUCCCUCAUCUUUCCAUUUCCAGCACCCUUUGCUUAUUCUGUCAUAUUCUGUUCUUCCUACUCCUGUUAACACACAUGCAACAAAAAAGGGAAGGGAGUAUUUAUUUCCCUAACUUGUAUCAACUUGAUAAGGACUAAGAAAUCAUGUCCACAAUAAACAUGGUAAAAAUUUAGAUCUCUCUUUCAUUUAAUAACUUGAACUUUUCCCCCCAUCUGUUCCUUUUGGAAUGUUACUAGUUCCUGUUGCUUUUUCUUAUGUUGGACUUCAUUUUACUUUUUGACAUAGUAUACUAAGAACCAAAGGAUCUCAUCUGAAUGAGACAGAAUGGCAAUCCUAUAUUAUUACUUAUAGUAAUGAGAUUUCCAGAUUAGAUGAUCUACUUGACACUAUGUAGAAAGAAUAUGAGUAUUCACACGACUUCAAAUGUUUGUGUUUGUUAUUUCCUUAUCUUGCUACCAUAGCCCUUAUAGUUAUGCAUUGUUUAUAAAAAUUUACUAAUUUUUUUAAAGUGUUUAAUCUAUUUUAUAAAUUUUCGUAUCCAAAGAAGAAAGAAAAAACUCACUGUUUCCAAGUUAGAAGCCACCAGAAAUAAUCAAAGUUUUCUGUGUGUUUUAAUCUUCUUCGUAUUUUUGUGUGAGAGCCCACCCACUCCAACUCUAAGAGCAUCUGUGCAGCUUCCAUCUGCUAUCGUCCAGGUUCUCCCAUCAAGUUAAAUGGGAUCAGAAAAUGCUUUAGUCAAACAAAGGAAAUGUGCAAGCAUUUUUCCUUUUUCUGUUUUUCGACUCCCCUUUUUCCUUUUUGGUCCCCUAAUAACCCAAACCCCAGCUGAAAGGCUGCAACAAUACCAGGUUGGGAAGCAGGUCACCAGGAUCAUAGCUCAAUCAAUAUGACAUCACUCCCUGGAACUGGAUUUCGACUCACAAGUCCCCUGGCCUCAUAACAGGAACUUAUGCAGGUGAGACACAAGAAUGACUUCCUGUGUGGGCCUGGUAGGAAAUCUGCAAGUACUUAGAGCUGGCCAUUACAGGACUUCCUUCCAGAGUGCCCCAUGACAUGAAAGUAGGACUUCACAACUGAGGUGAAGAUCCCUGCCCUACCACAUGAUUCGGGUCCCUUGGAUUCAAAGGACAAUAAUGUCAACAGAUGGUUGCUUUCUCAGUCUGUGCUCACAGUUCCAUCAGUUCAAUUUUCUCCCUCUUUUUCUCCCUGUAUGUUUGAUGGAGUUUGUGCCUGAUGUAAAUACACAUUUAUAAUCAUGGUGGACAUGAGUUAUUUAACAAUAAACAGAAUGAAUGGCUUUGGGGCGAUGAA